AUGUCAAUGGCAAUUGUGAGCUUCGGAGUUGAAAUAAAUUUCAUACAUGAAUGGAAAUACGCUGACUUUGAAUGGGAAAGUCAAGAGCAGAAGCAGGCAGCGAUAAAUUCCGGCACUUACAAUCCAUUAAUGUGCGUGUUCGAAGAUGCAAGUAAAGCGGAUGGUAGGUUGAUAAACAUUCGAUUUAUAAACAAAAUAUUUGCAGAUGGUAGACUAUUCAUUACUAUUACUAAUGUAUAUGGCCCUGGUUCACCUGCUUCUUUGACGACAGUAACUAAUAAAAUAGGUUCAGGUGGUCCACUUUUACGGCCAUAUCCAAAUUGGAGCUGGUAUGAUAACAAAAACAUAUGUGACGGUAUUGUAAAUGUUUACCGUACGGAUAUUCAAUGCAAUCACUUAAUUAUUCUGGAUAAUGGCAAAAUCGAGCAAUACGACCAAGUCUGUAAUCCAAAACUAUUGAUCUUUGAUUUAAAAGAUGAUACGCUUGUUAAAACUAUUUAUCUUCCACUUGAUUUCACUACUAACCAAACAGGCUCUGGAUUAUUGAUAACGCCUUUGGUUUAUGCUCCCGGAGAAUGCAAGCAGUUUCUGGAUAAAAUGAUUGUAUUUAUCACUGAUACGAAAGGAUCCGGUUUAGUGAUGUAUGACUCAUCUACAAAGCGUAUGUGCAGAAUUGAAUCUGAUUAUAUGAAACCGACUGAUAUUUUUUUCUCUGUAGCAAAUCAAAAUUUUACUUAUGAGGGCGGAAUCUUCAGUAUAACAACCCUUGAUGAUGGCAAGUAG